AUGAAAAAUGCAACUGAAGUCACUGUGUUUAUAUUGAUGGGCUUCACGGGUGAUUUUAAUGUGCAAAUCUUCCUAUUUUUACUUUUAGCAAUCUAUCUUUCUACACUGGUAGGAAAUUUAGGAUUGGUUUUAUUGUUCAUUGUGGAUUCUCUGCUCCACAACCCUAUGUACUAUUUUCUGAGUGUGUUAUCAUUCUCGGAUGCCUGCUGUUCCUCCGUUGUCACUCCAAAAAUGUUGGUCAAUUUCCUGUCAGAGAAUAAAACCAUUUCCUGUCUUGGAUGUGCAACCCAGAUGUUUCUCGCUGUUACUUUUGGGCCCACAGAAAGAUUUCUCUUGGCUGCAGUGGCCCAUGAUUGCUAUGUAACCAUCUGCACCCCUCUCCUGUAUUCAGUUAGCAUAACACCCAGAGUCUGCAUUGUUCCCUAUGUCGGCGGCAUCUUGCACGCCUCUGUACACACAGUGGCCACAUUUAGUCUAUCCCUCUGUGCCUCCCAUGAAGUCAGACGUGUCUUUCGUGACAUCCCUCCCCUCCUCACCAUUUCUUGCUCUGACACUCACACAGACCAGCUUGUGCCCUUCUACUUUGUGGGCUCUGUUGAGACAGUCACUGUCCUGCUUGUCCUGAUCUCCUGUGGCUUCAUUCUGUUGGCCAUUCUGAGGAUGCAUUCUGCUGAGGGCAGAAGGAAAGUCUUUUCUACAUGUGGCGCUCACCUAACUGGAGUGUCAAUUUACCACGGAACCAUCCUCUUCGUGUAUGUGAGACCAAGUUCCAGUUAUGCGUUGGACCAUGACAUGAUCCUGAUCAUGUCGACAGUUGACACCACUGUGACUCCCAUGCUGAAUCCCAUCUUAUACAGUUUUAGGAAUAAAGAUGUCAAAGAGGCAAUGAAGAGAGUGUUUGGUAAAAAUGGAUGUUUCAAUAAAGUAUAUUUUUCACACUAA